CCAAAAGGGCAGAAAAGUGCGCCACAAAACCAGGGCCUACUUGGGCCUUCCUCCCAGGAGCCCUGUUCCAGAGUGCUGUGUGGCCUCCAGACACGUCAGAUACUUACAUCCCGCAUGAAUACCACCAGGUCAGUGAUCCCACUGCAAUGGGUCGCAGAACACAGCGCACACAGGCAAACAUGAACCGAAACACUCAAGACAUCGGCACCAUGCUGCAGUGCCCUGCGGCCCCAAAAAUAGCCGCCGGGUCAGACCAUGAGGCAGGGUCCACAUGCUCGAACACCCACAUGGAACAACCCUUGGCUCCUCAGGAGUCUGCAUCAGUGCUUCUAACAGCCACAUAG